AUCUCCCCAUAUAAGGAGCGUUUUGACACCCUGUCUCCAAUUCCUCCUAAACCCUUCACAGCAGCCAAUAAACAAUCUUUCAACACUGUUGGAACUGGAGAAAUGGUCAUUGAAGUCCCCAACGGCGUUGAUGCGUCAAAGUUACGACUCACCGAAGUUCUUUACUCGCCCGAAGUCGGAUAUACUCUCGUUUCCAUCAGACAACUUGACGAGCUUGGCUAUUCAGCCACCUUUGCAGAUGGACAGUGCACCCUU